ACCCGCCUCUUAAAGCGGCGGCGGGAAGAUGAGGUUUCGGGAGCCGCUCCUGGGCGGCAGCGCCGCGAUGCCGGGCGCGUCCCUGCAGCGGGCCUGCCGCCUGCUCGUAGCCGUCUGCGCGCUGCAUCUUGGCGUCACCCUCGUCUACUACCUGGCGGGCCGCGACUUGAGCCGCCUGCCUCAGCUGGUCGGAGUCCCAACACCGCUGCAGGGCGGCUCGAACGGCGCCGCCGCGAUCGAGCAGCCCUCCGGGGAGCUCCGACCUCGAGGGGCCCCGCCGCUGCCGCCUUUGGACGCUUCCUCCGAGCUGCGCUCGGGUCGCGACUCCAGCCCAGAGGCAGACUCUCACUCCGGCCCCGGCUCCGCGAGCAACUUGACUUCGGCCCCGGUGCCCUCCACCACAGCGCUGUCGCUGCUCGCAUGCCCUGAGGAGUCCCCACUGCUCGGUAAGGACUCGGGGACUUUCCCGAAUUUCCUCGGCGGGGUCCCCUGGACGUUCGCCUGUGCCCUCUUCCAGGAUAUCCAGCCUCCCAGUUCCGGAUCACCGUCCCUAAUCCCAGACAGAGGUUCCGGGCUGGAUGGCUUAAAUGGGGAAGAUAAAUGGUACCUAAGUCAGGGUUGUUUUGGAAGAUCAGGUGAAACAGUGUAA